UUCUCUAUGUUGGAUGGGCCCCUGCCAGAUAUUUGGUGGCUGUUGGCUCCCUCAGUGCCCUUUCAUCCAGCCUCCUGGGUGCCAUGUUCCCCAUACCUCGGGUGAUCUAUGCAAUGGCAGAGGAUGGACUCCUUUUUCGAAGUCUCGCCCGGAUCCAUGCCCGUACACAUACCCCUGUCAUGGCGACCCUGGUCUCUGGAAUCAUUGCAGGUGGAAUGAUAAAAUCUGCAUCUUCUUUUUAUCAAUGUCCUUGACUUGGAUACUUCCAGUAGUUUCUUACUCUCCACCUCUUUUUUCUUGUCCUUUAAUUCUAGCACUCAUGGCAUUCGUCUUUGAGCUCAGUGAUCUUGUGGACCUCACAUCAAUUGGGACUCUGCUUUCUUACUCCAUGGUGGCCUUUUCUGUUCUAGUCCUCAGGUACCAGCCAGACCAGAAGUUAAGCAAGAAUGAGGCAACAGAGGUGGGAACAUUUGAGAUGAAUUCUCUUCCAAAGCCAUUGGAAUCUGUACCUCAAGCGGCAGAGAGUCUGCAUUGCUCCAUCAAUACCAUCUCCUCUUUGAAAUCUGGGCGGAUUGUCUAUGGUUGUGCCUCUCUGCUUGUCAUACUGCUGAUGGUCCUGUGCCUGAUACUGGCCAAAAGGCUCAGACAUCUAUUCUCUGGGGACCCAGUUUAUACAACAGUGGCUGUGCUGCUGCUGGUGUUCAUUACUGGGAUCACUUUCAUCAUUUGGAGACAGCCCCAGGACUCUACCGCUCUCCACUUCAAGGUCCCUGCUUUGCCUUUCCUCCCACUGGUGAGCAUCUCUGUAAAUGUUUACUUGAUGAUGCAGUUGAACUCUGGGACCUGGGUCCGAUUCGGAAUCUGGAUAGUGAUUGGAUUUGCUAUAUAUUUUGGAUAUGGGAUCCGACACAGCCUAAAGAAGAGUGACCAACAGCUGACAACCUCAAGCUCUCAAACUGUUAAUGAAAACAUCCCUAGUGCUGAAUUGGCCUAAAGACAAAACUAGAUGCCACAUGGAAUCCCUCCACCACACUGGACGUUUCUUUCGGCUCAGAGAGUAAAGUUUUAAUUUCCAUAGAGUGGUGGUGAUGGGGGUGUUUAGAGCCUUCUAUUUAUCUCUAGUAGACAAAAUGUCUUUAAUGUUGUAUAAUUUUUAAGUAAAACAUUAAAAGUACAUAUGUAUUCAAUAAGCAACAUCUUGAUAAAUGGAGAAAAGAUUGAAGUUGUCAAGGAUUUCACUUUACUUGGAUCCACAAUCAACACCCAUGGAAACAGCAGUCAGGAAAUCAAAAGACGCAUUGCAUUGGGCAAAUCUGCUGCAAAGGACCUCUUUAAAGUUUUGAAAAGCAAAGAUAUCACCUUGAAGACUAAGGUACGCCUGACCCAAGCCAUGGUAUUUUCAAUCACAUCAUAUGCAUGUGAAAGCUGGACAGUGAAUAAGGAAGACUGAAGAAGAACGGAUGCCUUUGAAUUCUGGUGUUGGCAAAGAAUACUGAAUAUACCAGGGACUGCCAAAAAAAUGAACAAAUCUGUCUUAGAAGACGUACAACCAGAAUGCUUCUUAGAAGCAAGGAUGGCGAGACUGUGUCUUACAUACUUUGGACAUGUUGUCAGGAUGGAUCAGUCUCUGGAGAAGGAUAACAUGCUUGGUAAAGUACCGGGUCAAUGGAAAAGAGGAAGACCCUCAACAAGACGGACUGACACAGUGACAGCAACAACGUGCUCAAGCAUAACAGUUGUGAGCAUGGCGUAGGACCAGGCAGCGUUUCGUUCUGUGGUACAUAGGGUCACUAUGACUUGGAACCAACUCGACGGCACCUAACAACAUACAUCCCGAAAAGUACAUUUUCUGUAAGUCUACAGCAAGGUGGAUUUCACAAAGUAAAUACAAUAGUGUAGCCAGCACCUAGACAGAGAAAUAGAAUCUUACCUACACACAAUAAGCAUGUUUUUGGAUUUUGUAGGCAGCUAGAGGCCUCUGGUGGUGUUGCUGUUGUCAGUUGUUGAUUCCUACUAAGGGCAACACCAUGUAUGUCACAGUAGAACUGUGCUCCAUAGGGUUUUCAAGGCUGAAAAAGCACCUUUUGGGCCCUUUUUCCAGUUAUUACCCCCUGAGGUAACCACUAUUCUGAUUACAAACACUUGCUGAACUCUAAGUGCAUAUUGAACUUGUUGAAUUCCAGACAUAUACUGUACUUUUUUGUUCAAUAUGAUGUGAGAUUCAGCCAUGUUGUUUCACGUAGUUGUAGUUCCAG